UAUACUCAUCAAGGAGACGUAGAAAGCUUUAUUGCAAACUUUGAUAUUAAGAAUGAAGUUUCUUGUAGUAUUAUGUGUUUUAUGGCAACUUGCACAGUGUAAAGUGUUACCCGAACGACUUAAGCCAUACAGGUGUAAGAAAACCGAUCCGGAAUUUAGCAAAUGUGUUUUGGAUGGGUUCGAAAAAAGUCACGGCCUUUUCGAUGAGGGCAUACCAGAACUUAAUUUACCACCCUUUGAUCCAUUUGAAUUACCCUUGUUGACUGUAAACAGGACUGUUAAUGAGCUAGUUAGCAUUAAUGCCGUAUGUAAGAACAUCAAGACGAUUGGUGGAAGCAAUAGAGUUAUAGAAGAUUUGAAAGCCGAUCCCGUCAAACAAACCGGAGAAAUUAGAGUAACUCUUCCUUGGGUGAACCUUAAUAUGGACUAUGACGUGGUCGGUCAACUCCUUAUCAUUCCCUUGAGAAGUAUUGGCCACUUUGAAGGAAACUUCACUAACACGCAAAUGUACGUCAAAGGAAACUUGAAGAAAUAUAAAAAAGACGGAGAAGAAUACUUCAAAGUAAAUAAAAUAGAUACAAAAAUAACAGUAGGAGAUGGAAGUAUUAAACUAACUGCCAAAGAUCCGCAACAUCAAUUUGAAGCCGAUUUAAUAACUCUAUUUUUCAAUGAAAACCCUCGUCGAGUGAUGGAUGCCAUCAAUCCCAUCUUUAUUGAAACCACCAACGAACUUUUCAAGAUCAUGUCAGACCAUAUCCUUUCUUCAUUGCCAGCUUCUGAGUGGCUACCAGCUUAAGAGUUAAAAUUAAAGAUUAAUGCGGUAUGAAAGUGUAAAUAGGAAUGUUUUGUUUUUAUACUUUGUUUUAUAAAAAUAUUUCUUGUUACCAAACUGUUCACCUAUAUGUAGUACCUAUUUCCAACAUUUUGUGUAAAUAUUUUAUUAAACGUUAAUAUCAAGUAUACAGUGUGGAACAGCCAAAUGGAAUAAAUUCAGUAUCUCAAUUAUUGUGCAAUGUGCAUAUUUAUAAAAAAUCCCGAGACACGUCGAUUUUGGAUUGUGAAAUAACAACCCCCUUCGAAUGGCAGUUACAACCCCUAAAUUUUUAAAUGCGAAGUAACGGCCUAUGAUGUCUCAUUUGAAAGGAAGGUAUUUACAUUCUCUAUUCAAAAAUACUAUGGUUUUAAUAUUUAUUGUAAAAAUUAGCAGUAAAAAAAUAAAUUCAUCAGUUUGACGAAAUUCGCUACAGCAAACUAAAAAAAACUUAAUUUCAAGGAAGAUGUUCAAAAUUAGUUCCUUGGAUGUCUUGGCCGUAUUCCAAUUGUAAAUAAAAAUGUCUUCUAACGUUUUCCAACAUCUGAGGCGUGACCGACCUAACCGCAACCAUUAUUUUUUUGCAAUAAAAUUGGCAAUGCCAGCUGUGAAUAAUUUUGAUAAGUUUUUGUAUCUUCUUUUUAUUUGAAAAUGUUGAAAGAGAAAAACACUGAAAUUGUUUUUGCUAAAUUUUUGUUGUAACAAAUUUUGUUAAU